UUCGAGCCCUGCAAUUUUAGUCGCAUCUUCCUAUCGCCAGAUGUUCUUGAAAAUGCCCAGUAGAAACUCCGCCGUUACCACUGACAACUCCACUGCUCUCAGAAGAUCUCCCAGGUUUCUCCAUCAGAACAACCUUCCAGAACCACAAGGCCCCAAAACCCCUAAGCCCCAGUCCAGGAACAACCGGUCACGCUACUUGGAUCAUCCUCUCAGCUCAAAACCGAAUGUUUCUGUGAAGAGAACCCGCAAGGAUUCCGCUGGAAAUAUUACGGUGAAGUUGGGUCAAUCGAACUCGUGCGUGAGUUCGAGUACCGGGUUGCGAAAAUCUCCCAGAUUGCAGAGUGGGGUUGAGGGUUUUUCAAAUCCAGAUGCUUCUCUGAAGAAAAUCCAUAAAGGUUGCACCGAAAAAGUAGGGAAGGAUUUGAGGAAACCGAGUGCUGAGUUGCAAAAGUGCGUGAGUUUCAGCACUGGGCCGAGAAAAUCUGCCAGGUUGCGUGGUGGGGUUGAGGGUUGUUCAUCACCAUACGCUUCUCUGCAGAAAACCCACAAAAAUUGCGUGGAAAAUAUUGGGAAGGAAUUGAAGCAAUCUAGCGAUGAGUUGAAUAAAUGUGUAAAAUCGGUUACUGGGCCGAGAAAAUCCUCAAGAUUGAGCAAAGGUGUCAGGGAGUCUCCCAGGUAUCCUUACCAAGAAAACGCGGGUGAACACGUCGAGAUGAUGCACCUCAAAGAUGGGUUGAGAAAAUCUGCAAGAUUAGAUAAUGAGUUUGAGGUCUUUCAGGGCUUCAGACGGUCUCCAAGGUUUCCUAGUCAAGGAGACAACAAUAAUUGUGUUGAUAGGACUGUUGACGGUAAGUGUAAUAGGCUUAGUAAUUCUGUCUUGAUUGAGUCUUCCAAGGAAGAUGCUUUAGUGGCUGUUAGUAAAGAAGAAAUGGGGAAGAGGGAAACAAGGUUGAGUAGUAGCUAUGUUGCUUCUCCAGCCACCGCACUUGCUGGAAGGGAUAGUAAGAGGAAAGAUAUCAAUAUAGGCAGUACGGAAAUUGAGGGUAGCAGGAAAAGAAAGCUAGGGGAGGAGGGUGACAUUGGCCUUCUCUCCGGAUGGACAAAGGAGCAAGAACUAGCACUGCAGAGGGCUUAUUUUGCUGUAAAUCCUACACCCCAUUUUUGGAAGAAGGUUGCUAAAUUGGUCCCUGGAAAGUCUGCACAGGAUUGCUUUGACAAAGUCCACUCUGACCACUUAACCCCACCUCCACAUCGGCCUCGUUCAAGGGCAACCAGAUCAAACUCUUCAUCUCAGGUUUCUGUCCCACUUUCUGCAAGUAAAAUACUUAGGCCUGCUGAGCCAAAGAUUAAAAGGCCAGGAUGCAGUAAAAAGAAGACUCAUCGUACCCAGAAAGCUAUGAGGGAUUUGCUGCAAAAGCAUUAUGAAGUGGACCAAGAUUAUGAAGCGGAUUUGUUCUCAGUUCUUGAGCCCACAGCAACUCCAUCUACUCAAACUUCCCAGCAUAGUGUGAUGCUCUCCACCCCAGAGCAUGUACAGGGAAAAUUGACGUUUCUUCAGAAGCUCCGUGAGAGAUCUUCUUCAGACCAUAAGAAACCCCGUUCAAGAUUCAGUACCUCUUUUGGAAGUGCUCUUGUAAGUUCUCCAGUCCUAAAGCCAGUGAAGAAUAGGGCCUUACAUGAGAAAUACAUUGAUCAAUUACACAGCAGGGAAGCUAGAAGAAAAAUGGCAUCAGUACAGGCAGCAAAAUCCACUCUUGGAGAAGAGGAUAGAAAGGAGAAUCAUGUCCAGAAAAUGAAUGCGAUUACAGCUGCAAGAAAUGCUCUGGUUUGUGAUGCAAGGGAUGCUAUCAAUCAGUUCCAAUAUCUACAGGCCAAUCCCUUGUCUAACUCUUGUGAGUUUGAUGGUGAUGGUGUUAAUGUUGAUGAGGAUGAUGAAGGUGAAGAUGGAACUUAACAGAUCCUUCUUGAUUACAUAAUGAAUUGUCUAUAUUGAGAUUUAGUAGUUCUCUGCACUAAUUGAAGCUGCCUGCUAUAACCACCGACCCCGGAUUGCUUUUGCAAUAUAAAUGGGAAUUCGGCUUCUGGCUAUUCUUUGCUAAUUUGUAACUAGUUUCAUUCUUGACUGGAAGUAACUCUAGCCUCAUUCAAUGCAUCAUUCAUGACCUGAA